UUCACUUUAUUUUAUCCUGAUCACCUCCAAUAAUAGAAACUUUUUAAAUUUAUCAAAUAACUAAAUAUAAUCACUUUAACUGUACAUUAAAUAUUGUCAAAAAAUAAGAGGCAAUUUCUUUAUCUCAAUGACACUCGCAAAAAAUAUAAACUGAGGUUGUACAAUACUAGCGUUAUUUAACGCGUCUCACGCGCUCUAUAUUGUUAUUUUACUGUUAUCAAUAUAAUCAUAUAAAUAAUUUUGAUAUCUGUUAUCUAUUGGUAGUAUGGUAAUAUUCUAUUAUCAUACAAUCAUAAGUUUAGUCAAUAACAGCAGUUUUCUAAGACUUUAAUAUUAUACCUAUUACUAUUAGUAAUAUCUUUCAAUAUUGAAUGUCCUCUGGUUUUCUCAUUGAAAACUUCCGAGCACAUCUCGUGAACAUUCUUCAAAUUUAAUAUUCUGAUAAUUAUUUUCCGUUUCUCGCAAAGUUGUCACUUUACAAAUGUAAAAAUAUUAAAAUUAAAUUUUCUCCAUUUUAUUCUAUUAAAUUUUUCUCUCUUUCAAUCACAUUUAAAAAUGACACUAUUAAUUUUAUAGAUGGUAAUCAAGUUAUUCCAGCAUAAUUAAAAAUGAUAAUUUCUUAUUUUCUUAAAACGAUUUAUUAACAACAUAUUUCCAUUUUUGUAGAAUAUUAUCCAUAUUAACUAUUCAAAAAUUAAAUUUAUUACUGCAAUAUAAAUUUCACAUUCCCCUGGAUAUAUAAUACAAUUAUUUUGAAGUAUACUAAAAUUUAAAUUUUCGCGCUCUUUUUAGUAUUAAUCAAUCACAACGCUGGAUGCCGGCGAUUCGUCAUUUUUUAAGAUAGGAACGCAAAUAAUCGAAAUAAACGUGUCAAAUUCCAAAUACUAAAUUUAAUAAAAUUGUUAACGCGUUGAAAACACGACGUACUUAUCUUCAUGAUCCGUUAGGGCAAACGAUGGCUGAUCGCCUGUGAAACUCGGUAAAAAUACUUGGAAUUUCUCGAUUACCGGCGUCCUUCCUUGGAAAAUGGACUGAUGUUGGUUGUAUAGAUAUUUUGGCGAGGUUCGAGGGUGCGACGACAAAUCAAUGUUAACAGCACGUGGUCGACGAAGCGAACGGAUUGUAGACCAACACAGAGAGAGGAAAGGUGUUGACCGUUCAGUGAGCCCCAGGCAAGAAAGCGAGCGUUCUUUCCAGCAACGUUGGAAUUAAUCUCCAGAGGCCAGUGCGUUAGCGGAACAAUGCGUGCAAUUAGUUCUAAGAACUAUCCGGCAGAUAUAGCAGACGAUAUUACCCUUCAGAGUCCUAAGUAUUUUCUGCUCUUUUUUCUCUCUCGCUACUAUUUCUGCUAAACGCUUCAGUAGCACUGAUUGAACUAUUGGUUCGUUGGGGGGAAUUUCUUCGCUAUCUAUUGAUCUGGAAAUUGCUGGCUUAAAAGAACGUUCAUACGAUACAAGCAUGGUCAGCAGGAACAUCAUCUUGUUGAAGCCAUAAAUUCAAUCUAAUUACAAUUUGAAUACAUUCUCAAGCCGCUACAGUGGGGAAGAUUCCAUUGCUGUCCACCGGCAGCAGCACUAAUCUGUGCCACUCACUGCUCACUGAUGGUGUCAUGUCGAUGUCACUGACUGAAUGUGAAUACAGUACUGUGUGAAUAUAUGACGGCAAAGGGAGGCCGAGGACGGAGAACCGAGGACUGGUCACCGGACGAGUGACGGCAGGAGGGAGUUGAUUUACCGUCUUAAUACUUUUAAUGUAUGGACUACAUGGAGAUCUAUACCGAUAAAUAUAAACAUAGAUACAGUCUCGAUUCAUUUUUAAGUUAAUGAGCCAGAGGAAAGACAAUCUCAAUAUGGAUAAUUCACCGUCAAAUACUCCUGCCUACCAUAAUGUCAAUUUUCAUCAUCAAAAUCGUGGAGGUCGUGGUGGUUAUGGUCAGCAUCAACCUAGAAAUAAUAGCAACAAUGACCAUUUUCAUAGAUUUUCUAAAUCCCAUAAUUCUUCUAAUACACUACUUGAAGAUAUGGUGAUGCCUCUUGAUUCCAGUUCACCAGUAUUUUAUCGUAAGAGAGGAAACAGAAGACAAUUGUUUAACAGACAUAAUCAAAGCUUUCCUAGCACUGGUGUAUCUAGAAUUAAUGAUAAUCAGCGAAAUUUUCAUAAUAAUUCAGAUAGCUUAUAUCAGCGCAAUCCAAAACAAUUAAGACAGAAAAAUGAAUUGAAUUGGCACAGACGGUUACCGAUAAGUGAGUUCAUUCAAUUAAAAAAUAUUUUCGAUAAUCCAUGGGCAGAAUUAGAAAAAGAUAUUUGCCUUGUCUCGCAAUCUGAUACUAUUGCAGAUGUAGAUAAUCCUUCAAUUAAUAUUACAAUUGCAAGUGAUGAGCAAGGGGAUACUUUAUCUAAUAAUAAUUCAGAAGAAAAUUCUACCGAUGUAAAUAACAGUCGUAAUGAACAAAAUGAAGAAAGUUCUAUAGAUUUACAAUUAGAAGAAAUAAGUUUUAGUAAUAAUUCUAAAACUGCAAGUAUAUGAAAAAGUUUGCAAAAAGAAACAUAUUUUAUGAUUGAACUUGUCAGUUGAAAAACUAUUUAUUACAUAGUUUAUUAGAACCUGGAAAUUGUCAAAUGAGACCUCAAAUGGAAUUAUAAAUCAAGAUCUAUUACCUUUUUGAAAUCUCACAACACAAAUAAUGUUAAAUUACUGUUUUCUAAAAUUUCCAUCCAGAAUCAGUUCAGAUGACAUUAUUGUCAUAUCCUGAGAUUUAAGAUCUCAAAGGAAGUAUAUUUAGCACUACUUGCAAUUAUGUUAGAAAUAUAUUUAAAAUGAUUGUAAGUUUAAUUUCAAUUAAGGUCUUAUCUGGAGAUUUUAAAUAUUGAAGUUAUAUUAAGUUAAACUAAAAUUGAUUUGUGCAAAAUAGAUUCUACAUACUAUUUUUUAUAAACUACAUUUGUUAUUUUAUGUGAAUUUGCAAUAUUUUGAAAUUAUUCACUAUCUAAGUUAUAGGUAAUUAUAAUUGUAAAUAAAAAUUGUAUACACUGUAAAUAAUAGAUUAAGUAAAUACUUUUAAAUACAUUAACGAUAUCAUAUUGUUUACUACAGUUAUAAUCUACUACUUUUUCU